AUGGUGGUCGUCGACACGUGUCACGUGGCCGCCACGCGGCCCGUCGACGACUGGGUUGUAGAGGAAACGUGUGAUGGAAUCAGUUGCGCUCAUGUUGGUGUCGAGUGCGAAGAACAUCAAGUGCAAUGGGAUACCACUCGAGAAGCUCUAGCACUUGAUUACCCCUUGGCACCAGUUACAACCUAUCAACCAGCGGGAAGUUCUCUUGCUUCAUCCGCCAACUGGCCGAAUUUCCAAAGGGCUCCCGUUCUUCAGCAGUAUGCCAACGCGUCUUCCUCAACUUAUGCUCGCAAAGGACGGUUUCCUGCUGGAACUUUCUGCUUCACACGAACGUAUUACAUCUAUUCCGGCGGGAGCUACGUUUGGUCUCAUGCUAGUGCUAGCGAACCUAUAGCCGAUCCGGAGAGUGAUAACGAAAAUGACGAGCUCGAGAACUUCCAAGAGGCAGUAACAAGGACGAUAGCACUGAUUACUUCAUGGGCCAGGGUUUUUAUUUUUGAACCUGCUCGGAUAACUCUCACCCUUCGAGACGCGGUGGCCCAGAGACAUUGGUCCGAAGAAAAAGCUUAUGAGCGGAUGCUUAUGAUCGCUGACGUUAUGGGGGCCAUUUCCAAGUCCACAAACUACAACUUGGAGAGUUUCAUUAGGCUGUAUAAACAUGCGACAAGUCGCUUACGAGCAGCACAAUUAGCAUUAGAGCAGAAUGAGUUAACAAGGCAGCUGGCGAUGGAUGCUAUGACUAUUUUUCCCGGGUUGAUAUCGGUUACCUGUAAAGUCGGGUCUCUCGUCAUGGUUUUGAAAAUGAUGAAUAUGUACGCUCCCGUAUUUCGUUGCGCUUGUCCGGAGUCAAGCAAAGAACUCGCCAACCUUCCAAGAAUCCUCAUGGCCCCUGAAAUUGAACUUAAGUACUUUGUGACUCUUGACGUCCUACUUAGCCUCAUCACUCACCGCCCGAUGUUCUUUCGAUAUGACUUGGACUUUUACUCCUCUGAAGUCGAAGACCUUAUCAACUCCAGUCAUGGACCUGGCCUGCGUUGGUCGCACGGCCUACCUGAUCGAUUGACAGUGGUUUUGUCCGGGUUCAGCACUAUACUGGAGCAGGCAAUUGGCAUAAGCUCCGAACAGGUGGAAGAGCUCGAGGCCGAGAUCGACAAGUGUCAGGUCAUUAUCACGCCUGAAAGUGUACUGAACCAGGAUUUGAUGAUCGGAAGAAUCGCAGUACAGGAGGUAUGGAAAUAUGCUGCACGUAUCUAUUUAUAUAUGGGUUUGUGCGGAGCCGACUGUACCGAUGAAAGGGUGGUAAAGAUCCAAACUAAAUGUAUGUUGCUUCUUGGAGGUAUCAAACCUCGGAGAAACCCCGACUCAUUCCUCAUUCCACCUCUGCUUGUUAUCGGGCUUGCAAGUCCUUCUCCCAAGGACCGAUCUGUGAUUCUCUCUCGCUUGUGGGGUGUUGCCGAAUGCAAGAAACAAGGGACAAUGGCAAACGAUAUGGUGAGGAUACUCAACGACAUUUGGACACAGACGACGGAGAGACCGGCCGUAUGGGCCGACCUUAGGGCUGCAUGUUUGAGGGUUGUGGGGGCCCUCGAUCGCGGUUCGGAGAGAAUGUGCUAUCGAGGGAAGACAUGUGAUGGAAUCAGGGCUUCGACUGGAUGUCUACAAUGUGCUCAAGUUGGUAUCAAGUGCGAACGAUAUCAAGCACCAUACGAUACCAUUAGAGAAGAUAGUUAUCAAAUAGCACUGGACUAUUCUUCGACAACAGAUGUAACUUUUCAAUCGACGGAAGGUUUUCUUCCCGCACUCGUCAACUGGCCGACUACUCGAGGUGCUCCCGUUCCUCAACAACAUGCCAAUUCUUAUCUUCCGGCUUAUGCUCCCCGGGGACGAAUUCCUGGCAGGGCACAAUACGUUUCUGAUUCCCUGGCUGAAUAUAUUACUGCUGCUCCAGCUGGACUUAAACGGCACCCCGCUUCGCCUGGGCAUACUUAUACCUCUUCCAGCGAGAAUGAUGCUUGGUCUUGUGUCCUCCAGAAUGAGGACGAGAAUGAGGAACUCAAGAACUUUCAAGAAGUUCUUACAAAGUUUUUAGCACCAAGUCGUAAAGCCAAGAGCAACGCGCUGCCGUUUGCAAUACAAUCGUUUGCCGCAUGGGCUAGGAUUUUUGUUUUUGAGCCUGCUCGGAUAGCUUUCGUACUUCGAGAAGCAAUGUCUCAGAGACACUGGCCCGAAGAAGAAACUCAUGAACGGGUGGUCUUGGUUGCCGAUACCAUGGCUGUCGUGUCCAAAUCCACAAACUACGACUUGACGACUUUUAUUAGGCUAUAUCAAUAUGCGUCGAACCGUUUACAAGCAGCACGAUUAUCACUGAAGCAGGAUAGUUUGACAAGACAAGCAGCAAUAGAAGUUAUGAAUAUUUUCCAUGUGCUAACGUGUAUUACUUGUAAAGUCGGGUCCCUCAUUACUGUUCUGAACAUGAUGGAUAUGUACGCUCCCGUAUUUCGCCGCGCUUGUUCGGAAUCAAGCAAAGAACUCGCCAACCUCCCGCGAAUCCUGAUGGCCCCUGAGAUUGAUCUCAAGUACUUUGCGACUCUUGACGUCCUACUUGGCGCCAUCACUCGCCGCCCAAUGUUCUUUCGAUAUGACUUGGACUUUUACUCCUCUGAAGUCGAGGGCCUCAUUGACUCCGACUAUGGUCCUGGUCUGCGUUGGUCGCACGGCCUACCUGAUCGAUUGACAGUGGUUUUGGCCAAGUUUAACACCAUGCUGGAGCAAGCAGUCACUCUGAACUCCGGACAGGUGGAAGAGCUUGAGGCUGAUAUCGACAAGUGCGAGGCCAUUAUCGCGCCCGAAAGUGAACUGAACCCGGAUUUGAUGAUUGGAAGAAUCACAGUACAGGAAGUAUGGAAGUAUGCUGCACAUAUUUACUUGCUCAUGGGUUUGUGCGGGGCCGACUGUACCGAUGAAAGGGUGGUAAAGAUCCAAACUAAAUGUAUGUUGCUUCUUGGGGGUAUCAAACCUCGAAGAAACUCCGAUUUAUUCCUCAUCCCACCCCUGCUUAUUAUCGGGCUUGCAAGUCCUUCUCCCAAGGACCGAUCUGCGAUUCUCUCUCGCUUGUGGGGUGUUGCCGAAUGCAAGAAACAAGGGACGAUGGCAAAUGAUAUGAAGUUGAUUUUUAAUCUUUUGCUCAUUCCUACUCUCAAGCCGGAUAAAGCGGUGUUCCGCACUGGUGAACACGUCGACGCGGCACACGCAUCCCGCCAGUCAACUCCCAUGUCGCUUUCAAGUAACUCUGGUUGCGGGACUUGUAAAGCGAGGAACAAGAUAUGUGACAGUACGUGGGGGCCAGCUGGGUGUCGACGAUGCGCUGAAGAUGGGCUUGACUGUCGAAGAAGGAUCCCUCGGCUGAAAAACAGUGUAAGAGAAGUUGGAGCAACUAAUACCGGCCGUGCGGCACAUCACGACUGUGCUGUCUUUGCUUUGACCACCAGCACGCCAAUCAAUCCGGGUCCGAGCCGGGAUGUAGUUACUUGCACAAUAGCGCCCGUGGGUCCUUCUACCUCCCGAUCGCGCGGACACGCUUCUACCACCCCCAGCAUUCAUAUUUCCCAAAUACACGAUAUUAGCCAACAUUCGUAUGGGUCUCUCGCUCAUGAACAACCGUAUAUUUCUUCUACUCAAGGGACCGGCGCGUUUUCAUCGAGACAGACCGUGGUUCCUAUUCGACAGGCACCCACUCCCCCCGCCGAAACCAUUGAUUCCCCCCGAGAAUCAACAAUUCCCAUCCAACUGUCGAUCGUGUGUAGCCCAAUACACGACAGUACUGUAGUUCAACCUCUGACACCGGAAAGCCCGGGAUUCAGCGCUAAUACGAGGAAGGAACGCGGCUCGCGUGCGGGGUCGGCAGGUGAUUUUCAAUUACAAGCAGGUUCUGCCAUCUGUCGACCAGGGUCACCUCUUAAUUAUGACGUCGACGAUCCUGAAAAUAUCCGUGCAAGCCUCUUUGUUACGCUCUCAUUAGACCGGGAAGUAGAGAGUAAUACCCUUCCAUUUGUUGUGCAUUCUAUCACCGCCGCUGCCGUCCGUUUUGUUUUUGCUCCAACCUUGAUUGUCUCAAACAUUCGCACUUUUGUAUCCCGAAGUCGUGCUCUUGGACAGGAAGCUCGACAACGAAUGCUCUUAAUUGCCAACAUGGCAUUGGCGAUAUCAAGCACUACCGACUAUGAUUUAACACAUUACGUCGCUUUGCAAGAACAAUUGAUAAGCAGUGUUGUGUACGCACGAAAGUGCCAGGACUUGAACAGGGAAGUAGCGCUGAGGGUGAUGGAGACCAGUCAUGAGGUUGCUUCUUUCAACCAUGUGGAGAGUCGGAUCUCUCGCGAACAUCCUGUCCACAAUGCAAUUUACUAUGCGGCGCUUGAUAUAUUGCAAAGCUUUUUGACCCAACGUCCCAUGUUCUUUCGAUACGACCUGGAUCAACCGUCUCCCCAAGUGGAGCAGCUUAUCAAUUCGGACCAUAGACUGGGAUUAUGGUGGCGAUAUGGCAUACCAAACCGUCUGAUGUUGAUCUUCGCCCAAAUGAAUAACCUAUUCGAGGAUUUCGGAAACUUGGUGGGCCAAGACAAAGUCAAGUUACUCGAGGACGAUAUUGGGGCUUGCACACCCCUUCUUCCUUCAGAUACCGAUACGGAACCCAUACUAAAUAUGGGAAGGGUGAUGGUGCAAGAGUCGUGGAAACUAGCAGCGUACGUGUAUCUCUACAUGGGUUUAUGUGGGGCGGAUUCAAGUGACGCGCGGGUCGUUCAAGUUCGGAAGAGGUUUAUCAGAGCAUUGAAGGGUAUCAAACCUGGUCGAAACCCGGAUACGUUUUUGGUUUUCCCGAUGGCGAUCUUGGGUAUUACUACUUCCUCACCCAAGGAUCAAGCCGCUCUCCUCAAUCGUUUUUGGGGAGUACCGGAGUGCGCCAAACCUGGAACAGUCGGAAAUGACAUGGUGAUGAUGUUGAGGGACGUUUGGCUUCGAACUCAGGAGAGACCUGCCGUAUGGGCCGACUUUCGAAUGGCGGCUAUCACCGAUACGGGUGGCCAGGACUCUACUGGGGAACCAAAUCCAUCAUGCGAUUUUCAAUUGCAAAUACGACCUGACAUCCUCCGAUCAGGUUCCGACUUCUAUUGUGAAGAUCCGGAAGGCAUCCAGGCUAGUCUUUUCGACGCAUUAUCUUUAGACCGGGAGGUGGCGAGCAACAGUAUACCAUUUGUCCUGCAUUCCAUCGCAGCUGGGGUGAUCCGCUUUGUGUUUGCGCCCACUGAGAUUCUUUCGAGUAUUCGAGACUAUGUUUUCCAGAGCCGCUCUUAUGAACAAGGAGCUCGGCAACGAACGCUUUUGAUUUCUAACAUGUCAUUGGCUAUAUCGUCCACCACGGACUACGAUUUGACGGAUUAUAUGACUCUGCAAAAACAGUUAAUUGGUGGUGUUACGUAUGCGCGAACAUGCGACAAUUUGACGAGGGAGGUAGCGUUGGAAGUGAUGGAUGCGAGUCAUGAGUUGCUUUGCGCCAUGUGGAGAGUUGGGUCUCUGGCAAACGUUUUACACACAAUGCGCUUAUAUGCGCCGAUAUUUCGGCGCGCAUGUCCUGAGCAUGAUCAGGAGUUGGUUAAUUUCCCAAGACUCCUCAUUACACCGAACAUUAACAUUCAGUACUAUGCGACGCUCGAUAUACUUCAAAGCUGUUUGACCCACCGGCCAAUGUUCUUUCGAUACGAUCUGACUUUUAUUUCGCCCCAAAUCGAAGAAUUGAUCAAGUUGGACCAAGGGCCGGGACUGCGAUGGCUAUAUGGCAUACCUAACCGGAUAAUGCUAGUCUUGGCCAAGAUGAAUACGUUGCUUGAAGAUUUCGGAAGUUGCAUAGACAAAGAGGUCGCCAAGGAGCUCGAAGAUGAUAUCGGAGCCUGCACAUCUAUUCUUCCUUCUAGCGCCAACACCGAUCCAACAUUAAACAUGGCCAGAAUGAUGGUGCAAGAAUCGUGGAAACUAGCAGCGUAUGUGUAUCUUUACAUGGGCCUCUGUGGAGCAGAUUCUAGUGACUCGCGGGUCGUACGAGUUCAAAAGAGAUUUAUUAGGACUUUGAAGGGAAUCAAGCCUCUCAGAAAUCCUGACUCUUUCUUGGUUUUCCCGAUGACUAUAAUGGGAAUCGCAACUUCCGCAGCCAUAGACCGAAAAAUGAUCCUGGCCCGUCUUUGGGGUGUUGCUGAAUGUACGAAGCAUGGGACGGUGGGGAACGACCUCGUAAUGAUAUUGAGACAUGUUUGGCUUCGCACCAUGCAUAGACCCACAGUGUGGAGCGACCUUGGGGCUGCGUGUUCGGCCAUUAUCGAAAUGUAA